CUCCAACAGUUUUGGCGCAGUGAGCAGGACAACCAAAGCUGCUUUGCUCUUCUGAAAAUUGCUCUCAGGGAACCCGGGACCCGGCCCCCGGCAGAAGGACUGAGGAGCACCAGAGGAGCAGACUAGAAGAAUGGCACAUGCUAUGGAAAAUUUCUGCACUAUCAGUGAAGAGUAUGAUAUUGAUGGAGAAGUGGGCUUCGCUCUGCCAAAUCCAUUGGAAAACCUACCUGAUGUUUAUAAUGACUGGAUGUUCAUUGCUAAACACCUGCCUGAUCUCAUUGAGUCUGGGGAACUUCGAGAAAGAGUUGAGAAGUUGGACAUGCUCAGCAUUGAUCAUCUCAGAGACCACAAGUCACAGCGACUUGCACAUCUAGUUCUGGGAUGCAUCACCAUGGCAUAUGUGUGGGAUCAAGGUUGUGGAGAUGUCCGGAAGGUCUUGCCAAAAAAUAUUGCUGUUCCCUACUGCCAACUCUCCAAGAAGCUGCAGCUGCCUCCUAUUCUGGUUUAUGCGGACUGUGUCUUGGCAAACUGGAAGAAAAAGGAUCCUAACAAGCCCCUGACUUAUGAGAACAUGGAUGUUUUGUUCUCAUUUCGUCACACAGACUGCAGUAAAGGAUUCUUCCUGGUCUCUCUAUUGGUGGAAAUAGAAGCUGCUUCUGCAAUCAAAGAAAUUCCUACUAUAUUCAAGGCAAUGCGAAUGCAAGAACUAGACACUUUGCGAAAGGCACUGUUGAAAAUAGCUUGUUGCCUGGAGAAAGCGCUUCAAGUGUUUCACCAAAUCCAUGAGCACGUGGACCCGCAAGUAUUUUUCAAUGUUCUUCGCAUAUAUUUGUCUGGCUGGAAAGGCAACCCCCAGCUAUCAGAAGGUCUGAUGUAUGACGGGUUCUGGAAAGAUGCAAAGCAGUUUUCAGGGGGCAGUGCAGGCCAAAGCAGCAUCUUCCAGUGCUUUGAUGUCCUCCUGGGCAUCCCGCAGAGGGCCAGUGGAGGAUCUGCUGCUCAGUUCCUCCAGGACAUGAGAAUGUAUAUGCCACCAGCUCACAGGAACUUCCUGUGCUCAUUAGAGUCAAAGCCCUCAGUCCGUGAGUUUGUCCUUUUAAAAGGUGAUGCUGACCUGCGGGAAGCUUAUGAUGCCUGUGUGAAAGCUUUGGUCAAUCUGAGGAACUACCAUCUGCAAAUUGUAACUAAGUACAUCCUGAUUCCUGCAAGUCAGAAAUCAAAGGACAAGACCUCCCAAGAGCCUUCAGAACAGGGAAACAAAGGAACUGGAGGCACUGAUUUAAUGAAUUUCCUAAAGACUGUAAGAACUACAACCCAGAAAUCCCUUUUGAAGGAAGGUUAAUGUAACCCAACAAGAGCACAUUUUAUCAUAGCAUAGACAUAAUAAUGCUUUAUCGAUAAUGCACUACAAAAGACCUCAAAAUGUCUGUGCAUUUCUUAUAGGAAAACAACAAAAGGUAAUUAUGUGUAAAUAUUAAAAAUUAUAGAAGUUUUAUAAUGUGUAUCUUAUCAUUGGAAUAAAAUGAUGAGCUUCAAUAAAUAAAAAUGAAUAAGUUAUAA